GGGACAAACCACAGACUGUGCAAAAGACUCGCUCAUAUUUACGGUCUGUGGGACAAACUGGUGGAUUUUAUCGGAUUCUAAUCUUCCUCUUCGUCAGCGAGCUACAAGAUCCACCAACAGAAUGACCUUCACAUGUGACCAGUGUGGAAAGGUGUGCCCAACUGCUUCGAAACUGCAAAGACAUUACAGAACUCACACAGGGGAAAGACCGUACAGGUGUGACCAGUGUGGGAAGGGGUUUACACAGUCUGCUCAUCUCCAACAGCACAUGACAAUCCACACCGGGGAAAAAUCAUACAAAUGUCGUGUUUGUGCCAAGAGAUUUUCACAGUCAAGCAACCGAGAUUCACACAUGAGAAUCCACACUGGAGACAGGCCGUUCGAGUGUGACCAGUGUGGGAAGGAAUUUCGACAAUCUGGUGCCCUCCAACAGCACAUGAGAAUCCACACAGGAGAGAAACCAUAUGAAUGUGACCAGUGUGGGAGGGAAUUUAGACAAUCUGGUGACUUCCAUCAACACAUGAGAGACCACAAAGGGGGAAAGUCACACAGAUGUGACGUUUGUAACAAGAAAUUUUCACGGUCAAGCAUUCUAGUGUCACAUAUGAGAAUGCACACAGGAGAAAGACCCUACAGCUGUGACCAGUGUGGGAAGGACUUUGCACAAUCUGGUCAUCUCAAUCGACACAUGAAAAUCCACCCAGAAGAAAAAUCAUACAGAUGUGAUGUGUGUGAGAAGACUUUUCCACUGUCAAGCCAUCUAGAAUCACAUAUGAGAAUCCACAACAGAAAGAGACGGUACAAGUGUGACCAGUGUGGGAAAGCUUUCUCUCAAUCAUCCAGUUUAAAUACACACAUGAAAACUCACUCCUGGCUGAUCGUGUACGAGUGUGACCAGUGUGAAGAGGUUUUUAGAACAUCCCAGCAGCUCUCCAGUCACUACCGAACGCACACAGGAGACGAACCAGACGACCGUGAAGAAAAAGGCAAAGGUUUUCAGGUCUGCGAGGAACUGUCUGAAACAUGUCCAAAUGUUCCAGACUGAAGAGAAAAGCUGCAGCUCUGACCAGUGUGGGACGACUUUUCCAAGUGUUUAAACAGAAAGUAAAGGCGUUUUCUUUGUUUUAUUUAUCAAAUCAUAAUCUCUGUGUACAUUAUGAAAUUCCUGAGUGAGGUGUCAUGAUUUCGACCCAGGAAGUCAAAUUUGAGACUGAAAAAAAUGGAGAAACUGGGGAAAAAAAUGUAGUACAAAAGCGUAUUUUGUAACUUUUUUUCAUGGAGAAAUUGUCUGGAAUUUUUCACAGUAUAGAACUUUUCUAUCUCCAUGGAGACCAAACCAGACAGUUACAGGUCAGAUCUGUGGAGAGGCGACCCCGCUUACAGUCAGUAAGCGACAGUUUUUUGUUUUUUUUAAAUGUCAUUGUGAAACAUUUCAAACAGAGCAGUGACAUAUCCAAAGAAACAAGCAAGUUAUAGUGCAUCUUUAUGAUGAGAAAAAAAACAAUAUUGACCACAAAUGGAUCCUGGUCAAAAUAAACACACUUGUCUAUAUAUUUGCUUACAUCACACAAGUUGGAGCGUCUAUGCUAUACAUAGUUAUUUCAUUAUUUAAUUUUAAGUGGAAUUUCAUUAUUUUUGAACAACUAAACUAUUUUUACAGUUUAAAUGUUAAAGAGUUGGUAAAACGUGUCUUAUUUGUGAUGAACAUUGUGUUUAUAGCAUAGAAGUUCAGUUUGGCGCCCUCGAGUGGCCAAACGCAUGAACUGCACAAACCAAAAAAGCAUUGUAAUUCUAAACUUUGAGUGUUAAACGUAACAGUUCAGUCUCUAUUUUCUUGUCUGUUAUUUAAACUAAAAUAUCUGUUCCGUUAUGAUUUAUAAUUAUCUAGUUACAUCCAUCACCAGAGGGAGAGCUAGAGUUUUUUAUUGCAUUAAAAGAUUUCUAAAUUGUAUUUAUUUGUGUGUGUGUGUGUGUGUGUGUGUGUGUGUGUGUGUGUGUGUGUGUGUGUGUGUGUGUGUGUGUGUGUGUGUGUGUGUGUGUGUGUGUGUGUGUGUGUGUGUGUGUGUGUGUGUGUGUGUGUG